AUGGAGAAGAUCGUGUAUGCCUUGGUAGUCACCGUGCGUAAGUUAGCACCUUACUUCCAAGCUCAUACCGUCCGAGUCCUGACGGAUCAACCACUCGGGAGUGUGCUGCGGAACCCCCUGUCCUCCGGCCGAUUGGUAAAAUGGGCCGUCGAGUUGACUCAGUACGGGAUCGAGUACCAACUCAGGCCCUCCAUCAAAGGCCAAGCUUUGGCCGACAUUCUGGUCGAGUGUACCGCGGGUGAGGAAGAGAAGGAGCGCGCCUCGGAAAGCCAUCUGGGCGAGUGGUGGGAGAUGCACGCGGAUGGAGCAUCAAGUCGACAGCACUGCGGAGGCGGUGUCAUGCUUAUCUCUCCGGAGGGAUUUCGGCUGUAUUAUGCCCUGAGGUACCUGUUCUCUACAUCAAAUAACGAGGCCGAAUACGAAGCAGUAUUGAACGGCCUCCGUCUCGCCAAAGAUCUAGGAGUCGAACGGCUGCGAAUCAAAACCGACUCCCGACUGGUGGUCGGACAGAUUUCGGGGACGUGCGAAGCUAAGAACGCGAGAAUGGCGUUAUACAAAGAAUGUGCCACCAAGAUGUUGAAAGGGCUUGAAGCCUAUGAGAUAGAAUACAUAUCCCGGGCGGACAAUGUAGAGGCUGAUAUCUUGUCCAAAAUCGCCCUGGAAGGGGUGCCGGAUCACUUAAUAAGGAUCUGCCAAAAGGAGGAACUAAGUCGGCCGAGCAUCGAAGAGGCACCGUUGGCGGUCCAACAAGUGAACGUCGAGGAGUGGGACCGAGAGAAAAACCCUGAGAUGUUUUGGAUAGAAGAUAUCCGGCGGUUUAAGGAAACGGGCGAGUUGCCAACCGACCCAGCAGUCGCCGCAAGGGUUCGACGAAAAGCACCCUCCUUCCGAAUCAUCGACGGACAUCUGUACAAACAGUUGUUUGGAGGGCCCUUGUUGAAAUGCCUACUUAGGCCUGAGGCCGAGAAGGUGAUGGAUGAAGCCCAUAGAGGCAUCUGUGCCGCGCACCAGGGUGCCCACACGCUCGCCCGAAAGUUGGUCGUGCAAAGGUAUUAUUGGCCGACCAUGAUGCGAGACUGUAUUGAACGAAUGUCUAAAUGCGGCGUUUGCCAGGCAUUCGCCAGGAAAGACACUCGGCCGGCCACCUUCUAUACACCGGUCACCACUGCUAUUCCUUUCGCCAAGUGGGGAAUAGACUUAUUGGGGCCCCUACCCGUCGCCCCGGGAGGAUUGAAGUUUUGCGUCGUAGCCAUCGACUACUUCACCAAAUGGGUUGAGGCGGAACCUCUGGCUAACAUCACCGAGUACCAGUGUCGCCGCUUUCUGUGGAAAAGGGUGAUCUGUCGCUUCGGCCUGCCCGAACACAUCGUCAGCGAUAACGGGCGACAGUUUGACUGUCAGGCAUUCGCCGAUUUCUGUAGCCGACACGGUAUCAAGCAUACCAAGGUGUCGGUAGCCUACCCCCAAGCCAAUGGGUAG